AUGAGCGGCAUUACAGUGCAGCUCGUAUUUGCCUUCGUUGGCACGCGCGUGCCCUAUUUUAUGCCGGAGUCGACGACCGCUGCCAAUUCGCCCGCGCGUUCACCAUUUGGCAACGCGUCAUCGGUGUCGUUUAACACGGUGGCGCAAGGGACGCUGCGUGCAGACUCUGCUCGGACGUCUCCGCACCUGGCUCCCUGCAUUCCGGCAAACGUGUUCACGGCGCAGGGACUCCUGUCCCAUCUCGCAAAGGCGCUGGAGCCGUCCCUGCACGCCGCCGCGACUCCUGAGGCCACCACUACCGACUCUGCCUCGCUAUCCCCGACGGUUCCACUGCUGUUUCACAAGCCGCCCGUUUUCGAGCUAUUUGACUACGCUAGCCUUGACCCGCUCGAGGGCUCAGCGGUACUGCAUGAUGAGCAAGUCCUGCUUGUGCUGUGCGACAUCGCCACCACGGCGCAACUCGUGGAGGCGCUUCAGCUCGAGUGGUUGGAGGUCUACAGCGGGGCGCACCAUCCGCACCACCACAGCUCCUCCACAUCCACGCUUCAGCCGGCGCAUACGACAGACAUGGCAGUUUGCACGACGGAAGAGAAGCUGCGAAACGUGGCGCAUGCGCAGCAGGCACUCUGCAAGCCCGUUGGACUUCACCUCUCUCUCUUACGGAGGGAGUUGAUUGCACGCGGGGUGACGUUGGCUGCGCAGAAGGAGCAGCUCGCACAGAUGCGAUCCUGCACAGCAGCGGGCACCGGCAUUGCUGCCUCUUCAACGGCGAGCGGGAGCGACGGUGUCUCAACGCCCAUGCUGUCUGGUCGGGCCGCUUCGUUUCCACUAUUGGUGGAGCUGGAGCCGAGUCUGGCCUCAGAACCAGCUCUGCGUGCCACUGAUGCCACGCAUCUUCAGAAGUUAGAGGCACCACUGGCGCUCUGCGAGGCACGGGUGCGCGCUAUCGAAUCCCUCAUGCAGCGCGCCGAAAAGCACCACACCAAGCUGUUGGAGCUCGCCGCGAGUGAACGUGCAACAGAAGAAGCAUUCCAGAGAGGCAAUGUCAGUCGCGCCUGCGCGGAAUACCUCGAGCGCACCGAGCAGGACCGCAGCGCCGCAGAGGCCAUUAUUGCGGAUUAUCAGGUUGAGAUGACUCGCCAGCUGAAGGUCGUGCGGCAACUGGUCGCCUACAUCACCCAGGUGCGGAGACUGGUGAGCAAGGCAAAAUAUGAAAUGGGCGUAGUGGAGCUCAUCCUUUCACGGCUGUCUUUGACGAGCCUGCGACCACGGUUGAUGGAGGAGGCGGAGGCGCUGCUGCGCCGCCGCGUCAUUGUGCGACGUGCCGCCCGUCGCCAAAUGCUGCUGUUGCAGGAGACAGAGUUCGUCGAGUUGCAGCAAGACCUUGAGUCCUUCUCGCAGCGGAUGGAGGUGCAGAAAGUGCUUCCUGAGAAGGUGCGCUGGUAUCUGCGUGCACCAUUGCCCAGUCUUCUGCCCGAGGAAGACCCGGUUGCCACGCUGCUCGAUCAUGCUCUUAUUGACCGCGAGGAGGAUGAGGCGCAAGAGCUGGUGGAAAAGACUCGCGUGUACACGGCAGAUUCUUCAGACCCGGCAACAAAUGCUCUGCAGAUCACGAAAGCGCUGCUGCCGGUGGAGCGGCUCGCGCGGCGUUUGGAGGAGGCUCGUGCAAGCGCUGCGCAGUACAAGAGUCGCGUGGAGGAGCUGGAGGAGAGACUGAAAAUGUACGAGACUGCUGAGGCGCUUUCACCACCGCCGUUGCAGGAGAGUGUGGUCAAGUCGCCGUCCACGGAAAGACCUGCUGAAAGAGGAGGAAUGUUUGAAGAAGGAUAG